UCAACAAACCGAACUGGGGAUGGCGCAGAAGUUGAAAUGUGGAAAAUUACAGGAUCUGCGAAAAUGUAUAAGGGCUGUGCAGUUGUCCGAUCAGACGUUAGAAUCAGACGAUUUUCUUGUGUUGGCGGUGCAAAGAUACUUGGCUGACCCGAAACACUGGGCACAGGUUGGGAUAUGUGAUGGAAAUCAGAAAGAUAUGGUCCUGGAUGUUAUAGAGGUUGUACUGACUGAUGGGGAAUACAAGGUCAAGGUGAUACUGGCUCCAGAGCUUAACAGCCUCAUACAGACAUGCCAGCUACAGGCAGGCAGCCAUAUAGUCAUAACAUCAGCACAUGUUCACUUUGAUGAGACAGAUAUAGACAGCGGUAAAACUGUGAUAGUGAAGGGGCUGACAGUGACUGGGUAUGGGACCUUGCCAGGCGAUAAAGACCUGUCAAGGCUUCAGUGGGCAGAUGACUGCAGCCCCCACGAGCAGACAUGUUUACCCCUUACAUCAUCCCGGGGGUAUCACGUCAGUGUGUGGUCCACCAUGGAGAUGUGUGGGGACUGCUGGAAAAUGGAAGCAACAUUAUCGGGACUGCCAGAAGGAGUUGAGGCCAAGGAUAUAUAUGGCAUCAAGGAUCUAGCCAGGAGCUGGGGGAGUGUCCGUGCCUCCAACCCAGCACUGCUUGUCCGUGUACAAGUGAAGAGCAGGAUGAUACAUUAUGCAAAACCAUCCAAAAAUGACAAGUGGCCUUUUCAGGCCCACCUGUUGGUAGCUGACAAGACAGGGGCAUGUACUGCAGUGUUGUGGAAUGCAAUGUGUCCCCAACUGUACCAUAGCAUUAAAGAGGGGACUGUUUUGUUCCUGAGGAAAUUCACUACCAAGAAAAGCUUCAAUGUUCCGAGGAUUAAACCAGCACUGAAGAACACCCAGUUGUUUGACAUUGACCUCAAUAUCAACAGUCACCACCCGGAGACUGAGGUCAAGGUCAUUCAUGAGUCAAGGUUACCUGAUGGAAUAGAACUGCCCAAUAGGCUGUAUAACUUUGUGAACCGGAGACAAGUUUGGUGCCUUCCUGACAAUCACAUAUGUGACAUUGCUGGCAUGGUGACCUAUGUUGGCAGAUAUGAACGAGAACACAUCAACAACAAGUUUGGUCGUGACACUGGUGGUUUCUGGGUGCGACGCUGGAUACAGCUACAAGAUGGCACCAGUUGCAAGCCAUUCCAUCUGCAAUUGUACAAAGUUGCCGAGGGAAUGACAGACUUGGAUAUCCGGCCAGGUGUUAUAGUGGUGUGUACCCAUGUAAGAGUGGUGUGUAACUCUGAACACAUCCGUUCAUCACAUGACCCCCGGUCCUUCCACUUGACCUCCACAGCAGAAUCACAGAUCAGUAUUUUAAAUGAUGAUCUUAAAGAACAGUUGAAAGACGAGGAAAUCAUCUCCAAUCUUGAGCAGUGGUCUCACACCCAGGACUGUCAGCAUGCCAUGUCACAGGCUCUUGUGGGCGGAUACCUGGCGUGUCCCACCCUGCCUGGUACUCUGGAUGGUCUGAAGUCUUUCUUCAAGGAAUGGCAGAUACUACCCAGCACUGACUGGGAGAGGAUGGUGGAAAGCUUGAGAUUCCGGGAGUGUCGACAGCUGCUUGUGCAGGCCACGGCUGUCCAUGUGAGCCUCACCUUGAUUCAGGACAAUCACAGUAGCAAUGCCUCACCUUCCAAAAAGCCAAGACAAGAUGUUAAGGAGGACAGUCUAGAAGUGACACUGGACUUUGCAACAUACAAUGCCUCAGAUGCCAUGGUAACACUGGGCAGCAGGUGCCUGGAGGACUCCUCAUUCCCCUCUGUGUACACGGCUGAUAGGUGGAGGGAGCAGAAAUGUAGGCUGGCAUUUCCUGACACUGUGUACAUGGGUGAAAAUAACCAGAUUUCAUCUCAAGAUACAGAGUACACGAAUAAUCAUUACUUCACAAUCACUUGGACAGGCUUGAACACCAAGGUUCUCCUGCAAACUCACUUCCUUCCCCCAGCCAACUGCUUUCCCGGAUCCAAAUUGUCAAACUUACUCAAGGGUAACAUGAACACAGAGUCCAAAUCAGCACGAUCAAUCAGUGGGCUCCAUGAUAAAACAAACACAGAGCUCCAACAAUCUAUAGCUGCAAGCAUUCUCAGUGGUAAACAAACCCUGUCAACAGCAAUCUCAGAGGGCCCAAAUCCUGAGGCUUUAAGAAAGGUCCUACUGACUGCUUCAGAGUGUUCAGAUAAGAGGUACCUGUUGGUGCUGGAUUGCUUCAAGGAGAGAGACUAUGCGGAAAUAAUGCUGAACAGGGCCUUUGAACUUUGAUACUUGCUUUGGUUUUUCUGUGCUUACUCUGAGGUCAUGUCAUUCAAUUAAAAAUAAUAUACAGAAAACUAAUAUUUGCAUACUGGCAGUGGAGGAAAUAUUGUGCAACAGUUUUGUUAAAGCAAUCUUAUUUAAAAAGGCAGUAUAUGUUCAGUUUUGUGAAGUAGUUAGUUAGAUAGAAAGGUUGUACAUACUAUAAAGUUGAUUACAGUUAUUGUGAGUAUAGUCAUUCACACAGGUACCUUUAAUAUGUUAUAAAAGAAAAGGGAAACUAUUGUUUUUCAAGCACCUGUGGUCAUUCAGGAGAAUCAAUAUAAAUCAAUACAUU